AUGCCUUGGAUAGGACUCACCGUGGCGCACUCUAUUCACGACGAGGUAGUCGUCUACAACCACAACCGCACCCCCGAGGAACAUCAAGUGUACAACCUAGUACGAUGCCAAGCCACACCAGCGGACGCCGAAUGUUCCAUUUGGCAGCUCGAGGAAGCAUACAGACGUGCGACCUACCAGGAAGGAUUACUCCUCGAUCAACUAGUAGCACCAACGCCUCAGAGACAGGCAUCUAUCGAACUCAUCUGUCAACGGACGCUUGACCGGAUCGAAAGGACUCACGCACGAGCCGUCCUCCAUAGCCCAGUUUGGAACGAAUAUCGCCUGAGCAUCGGCUCUUGGACACCAGACCAGGCGAGCCUCGAGUUUACUAUCCUUGAUGAACUCGAGCAUUGGGUACUCUGUGACGACGGAUACGACGGGUACGACGAACUACCAUCACUCGUCAACAUCGAGCAAGAAUCAUCGGCAGGCAACCCCUCAAGCCCCGAACCACUAGACAUCUUCUCCUUCCUUGCGAGAAUUUGGGACAACGCGAGCGCGUUGUACGACAUCACCAACCACCACCCAACCCUCACCCCGAUCUCCGAGCAAGCACACAUCCAGGUUCUCAUCGAACAGGGUCAGCAGGUCGUCAACACCCUUCACAAUCUCCAACGGCUCGUCAGCCCACCCCUUCCCCCCAUCCCCGUUAGCCACGACCCAGAAGAACACCACGGAUCCAGUUACUUUGCUGCUCGAAUUUGCAAACAGGCCGAGAAUCUUCGUAACGUUCAGAGUCUUUUGGACCCGGACUUUGCCGAACACUGCCAACGCCUACAUCUACUCAUUGGGGCCAGGGAACUAUACGAAUCUCACCGUCGCAUCAUUCGAAACGGAUAUGAGUCCCCUGACGCUAGUUCCGAUUUUGACCAUUCGGCAACUCUACGCAACUUCCACCUGGACUAG